AGAAUCGAAACAACAUGGCGUGUGUGGUGUAUACAAAAUGUAAAACGAUGUGGGGUUCCACAUCGAUUUCGGUGUUUUAGUUCGGUCGAAGAAGUGAAAUUCCACCCCGGUCGCGUCGUCGACGCGGCCGCGAGGCGUGCGAGCAUGUGAGUGUGGCCACCGUGGAGUCCCCGCGGCCGGAGGGGCGUGCGGCCGAGCGUGCGGGCGAGCGGGCGAGCGAGCGGCCAAGCGAUUCGGUCCGCUGUCCCCGCUGCCAGUGCACUGUGGACGCAAGCGAGCGAGCGGCUCGACUGCUCGCCUGCUCGCACACACUGUGCUCGGCGUGCGCUCGAGCGCUGUCGGCGAGCGGCGCGCUGCGCUGCCCGCUGUGCCAGUCGCGUACGGCGGGCGACGCAGCGUGCGCGUCGUGCUGGUCGCACGCGCAGGCGCUGCCGCUGCGCGCUGAGCUGCGGCGCCUGGCCACGCGCCGCCGCGACUUCCUGCUCCGGGCACUGGACGCCGCCACCGCACUCAAGCUGCGCCUCGAGGCCGAACUGACCGCGUCCGCUGAUCUCACCGAACGCGCCUCACCUCUUCCUGCAGAGCUGGAGCGACUGCGAGCGUGCCGAGCAGACGCGCUGCUGCAGUGCCGUUUCGACGAUCUCGUCCGCAGCGCGGCGGUGCCGCUCGACUUCGAGAUUCUUCGUCGAGCGUUAUCAGAUCUGAGCGCCGUCGAUUCACCACCGCCGGUAGUCACACCGGACCCCGUGCUAUUCCUGGCCAACUACUGCACGGCCCAGCUGUAUCUGCAGUAUCUCUCGCGGCAUAAAUCGUCGCCGUCGACUCCGCUGGCGCGCGUACCUCACGCGUUCCCUUUGUUUUACUUCAACCUGGAGGUGAACGGUUUGCCGUUCGGGCGUGUUGUAAUUGAGGUGCGGAGCGAUUUGGCACCGCGGAUGGCGCGCAACUUCAAAGUGCUGGCCACUGGGGAGCUCGGCGUGGGGUACCGUGGCUGUUCCGUGUUCCAGUGUUGGGAGAACGAGAGUGUCAUAACGGGCGACUACGAGUUGAACAACGGUCGCGGAGGGCGCUCCGCAUUCGAGGAGAGCUACUUCAUGCCGGACGACACCAAGAUGGCGGCGGUGCGCGGCUCGGUGGGCAUGCGACGCUCGCAGAAACGCCACGACAACUUAGGCCUUGUGGGAUCUCAAUUCCGCAUCGUGCUGCGAGAGAUGCGCGGCUUUACCGCCAUCUUUGCGUGUGUAGUUGAAGGUCUCGAAAUAGUGGAUCGGCUGAGUCGCACGGGCGACAGCUCCGGCAAGCCACAGAGCACCAUCCUCAUCGCUAGCUGUGGAAAACUGAAUUGACGCAUCCUAGACCUUUCUCUCAUUCAUAACCAGCAUAUUAGUCCUCUAUAGACCCUCUCUCGCGACUCUGGACAUUUUUAUACUUAAACGGCGGACCAACGCUACUUUUCGUCUACAAAUCUUACUCGAACUUUGUGCUAUUUUUAUAGAUAUAGAAAUUUUGAUGUAUUUACGCGUUAUUUCUAAGUUCGUCAGCUUCAGCUUCUGUAUCCGUUUUCCCGUGUCACUAACAAUUCCUUAUCGGCGUCUUGUCGCGUGCGUGUCCUCUGUGUUAUAUAUGUAAUUGUGUUAGUGCCGGCCCAACAGGGAUACCGCGGAAAUGCCGGUUGUUCUAAGUGCGUUAGUAGUGGCUUAAUGUGUUCGUAUCGUCAACGAGCAGCGGGCCUGUUCUAUGCGAGCGUUCCGAGAUAUGCGUUUAUGUUUGUUAUUAGCACUUUCGGGAACAGCGCAGCGAGGAAUCAUUCGGAAUCUGAUUCUGUAUUUUGUUAUGCAAUUUAAAGUUAAGCAACUAAUCGUAACGUUUCGAUCUGUGUCAAUAUAAAUGUUAAAUGUUAUAUAGAAUAUAUAAUGCCGGUGUUACGAGCCGCGGCUCCACUUGGCUUCGUGUAGUAAAACGAAAUGUUAUAGAUAUAUAUUUACGGCGGUUACACGAUUGAUAAAUAUAUUUACAAACAAAUGUUACCUCUCGUAGGCGCGAUAUAAGAGUUUAUAAUGCGAAAGUAAAUUAUUCCCGUAGUUACGUCACGCUCUCCAAUGAGGGGUUGCCCAACGAGGGCGGCGUCACUUUGGAAUGGGGUGAAAUAUUUGAUACAUGUCAUAGCGGGAAAGUUAAUUUGUUAGGGAAAUGUAAGUUCCUUCUGUAAUAUUAGUUAUACUUUAUAUUAAUUGGAUUAGAAAUUAAUAACCCAAACUACGUAUAUUUCUAUAAGUAGCAAAAAUUAAAAAAUAACUUUAAAAUAUGCAAAAAAUUAAAGAGCAAACCACCGAGGUAUUGUUUUGAGUAUAAAUAUAAUACUCUAGAAACUGAUAAGCUUUUAUUUAAGAGUAAUUUCUCAAUUAAAUGACAUUGUGUAACAAAAAAUUCACCUCAGUCUUUAGUGGCGACAUCUGGUGAGCGGAAGAUUACUAGCCCUCAUUACUGAGCGUAUACAAGACUGUGAUGAUAAGGGUAGGUGGUGGGGCACGGCCCCGAUCAGUGCCUGUCGCUUGCGUGCGUGCCCCGCUGCAGCAGGACGGCAUGCAGUGGGGUUGACUCGGAGUAUACACCUCGUUUAGCUUACCUGACUCGCGUAUUCACUUGUUGAGAUUAUUUUCUGUGUUCGACCGAAGGUCGAUUUCUGGGCCAAAGCCGAAACCGAAGGCUUCAAAACCCUAAGAAACUCAGUUAAAGAAUUGCUAAAUUAGCAAUAUAAAUAAUUUUAUUUAUUUUCUUAAUUUUAACCUAAUUUAAUUAUAUUGACUGUGUAAUAUAAAAAAGUAAUUUGAAUCAUCUCUAGGAUUUGAUCUAGAGAUGAUAAAAAAUGCGUCGUCAAGUUCAUUGCGCUCUUGCUUGUUGUAACAGUUCGUUCAAUUUCGACGCUUGCUACAAAUCUUUGGCUUUGCCCAAAACUUCGGCCCGUUUUGACCGAGGCCGAAGGUUUCGCCGAAGCUUCGGUCGGACACUAUUUAUUUUUUUACAAAAUUUAUGUCGCGAGGCCCGCGCGAUUGCUGUUGUGUACAUUAAUAUAUAGGUACCUAAAUAUACUGCGAUGUAGUAGUUAUCAUUUUUUCGAUAUAGUAUAUAAGUGAUCGUGGUGAUGCGGGGGCCGAGCCCCCGUUUGUUAAAUAAAUGUAUGAGCAUAUUGCAAUGUCCAGUGCGAAACGUGAUAAAUAAAUAUAUGAAGCAUC